AUGGCACACAAAACAUUUGUGGCUCGAAAAAUUAUUCAUCCACCUAUACGAUGUGAAUCUACAGCAAUGCUUUUUCGUAAUAGUAGUCUAGUAUUUUUUUCUUCAUGUAGCACAGGUUUGUCAAAAUAUUUUAAACGGCUUUCAUCAUCCAAUGUUUACGAAGAAAUUAAAUAUUAUUAUGAUUAUAAAUCACCAUUUACCUAUUUGUCGUUCGUACCGACCAUUGAACUUGAAAAAUUUUAUCGUAUAAAAUAUCGUUUUCUUCCAUAUCCAUUUUCUGCGAAAUCGUUUGGUGGUAAACUAGAAGAGCGUAGUGAACGAGAUUGGGCAAAAGUUCGAUAUCUUUACAUUGAUGCAAGACGUUUUGCUAAUGAACGUGGAUUAAUUAUUCGUGGACCAAAAAAAUUUUUCAAUUCAUAUUUAUCACUAAUAUCAGGUUUAUAUGCUGAUCAAAAUAAUGUUUUUGUUGAUUAUUCAAAAUUAGUAUUUGAGCGGUUUUUCAAACGUGAACUUGACAUUGAAAAUAUUGAUGAGCUCAUAAAAAUUUUAAAUGAAGUUGGAUUACAUAAUGACAAUGAUUUUCGUCAUUAUGUAGAACAUAAAGGACGAAUAGAUUUUUCUCUUGCGGCUAAAGAAGCAGAGCAGGAUAAUGUUUUUGGCGUACCCAUGUUGAUUAUAAGAGGUGAGCCAUUUUGGGGAAAUGAUCGAAUGGAAUGGGUUAAAAAGAAAUUAGACAAACUGGGUCUGAAUAAAAGUAGUUGA